AUGGCUGUUCCCACCAACCAAGCGGCGUGGAUUAAUGACAAAAACGCCAAACCCCUCGAAGUCAAGGAAUCUCCGUAUCCAAAGCCAGGCCCCAACGAGCUCGUGAUCAAAAAUGCUGCGGUUGCCAUUAACCCUAUAGACUGGUUGCUCCAGGAGACGGGUCACCUCGCCUUUACCUGGAUUAAGUAUCCAUUCAUUUUCGGCAGCGACUUGUCGGGAGAGGUGGCUGAGGUUGGCAGCGAGGUGACUCGGUUCAAGGUUGGAGACCGCGUUUUGGCUCUCGGAGCUGGAACUGAUCAGGACCGCAACAAUGCUGCGGAGGGAGCUUUCCAGAACUAUACAGUUGUCAUGGACAUUUUCGCCAGUCAUAUUCCGUCCACCCUGUCCUAUCAAGACGCCGCUGUUCUUCCCCUUGGUUUGACAACUGCUGCUGCGGGCCUUUUCCAAGAGGACUCUCUCAACUUGCAGUUGCCUACCGUUCCUCCACAGGCACCAACAGGCAAAGCCGUGCUGAUCUGGGGAGGCUCUACAAGUGUCGGAAGUAAUGCUAUCCAGCUCGCUGCCGCCGCCGGCUACGAGGUCUUCACUACGUCCUCACCAAGGAAUUUCGACUACGUCAAGAAGCUGGGCGCCUCACAUGUCUUCGACUACAACUCCAAGGCCAUUGUGAAGGAUUUGAUUGCGGCUUUAGCGGACAGGACCGUUGCUGGUGCUUAUGCCAUUGGAGUAAACUCCCUUCCGCUUUGCGUUGAUAUCAUUGCUAAGACCAAAGGCGUCAAAUUCGUCAGUGACGUUGGAUCCGUGGACAUCCCCAAGGAUAAGAAACUUUCUGGCUUCACACUUAUUCCCUUCCUACUGGGCACAAUGAGCCGUGGUGCAUCGCUCUGGUUCAAAACAAAGCGCACCGGUGUCCGCACCAAGUUUAUCUAUGCGACUGACAUUAAGAAGACCAAUGUCGCCAAAGCUAUUUUCGAGGACUUCCUUCCCGAGGCUCUCGCUGAGGGUCGUUUUAUUCCUUCGCCCGAGCCUCUGGUCAUUGGCCAAGGGCUCGAAAAUAUACAGAGUGGAUAUGAUCAGCUGAAGAAGGGAGUUUCGGCAAAGAAAGUUGUUGUUACGUUGUAA